AUGGGUCGCAAGAAAAGGAAGCAGCUUAAGCCGUGGUGUUGGUAUGUUUUUGCACCACAAUUGACUUUCCUUAGGUACUGUAACAGGGAAUUUGACGACGAGAAGAUUUUGAUUCAGCAUCAGAAGGCAAAGCAUUUCAAAUGCCCUUUUUGCCAUCGAAAGCUUUUCACCGGUCCAGGACUGUCAAUUCAUUGCAAUCAGGUUAGACUGGAUUUCCAUGACUUAUGUGUCCAGGUUCAUAAAGAGAAAUUAGAUAAGAUCCCUAAUGCGCUCCCGAAUCGUACGAGCACUGUUAUUGAUAUCUACGGCAUGGUUGGAGUUCCUGAAGUGGACUUAAUCGAACAUGAAAGACAAAAGCUUGGCAUAGAAAGUAAGGCGUCUCCAGCAACACCCAAGCCUACGUUUCCGGCAUACUCAUCUCCAAGUACCUCAACUAAGGCACAAAUCCCCAAAGUGCCUAAACCCACGUCCGGUGUCAAUGGAAUUACAGUGGAGUUAGUUCAUCCGAGCGAUGAUUUGUCCCUGGAGGAGCUGCGGGCAGAGACUCCGCGUUACAAAAAGCUUCUGGAAGCGGCGAGUGCUCCUCCACCUCCUCCGGUAUCAGUGGUGCCUCCCACUAGACCAGCGGUUCCACCGACGGUUGCUCCCGGCCUGAUGGCACCUAUGGCAAUGCCUCAUGGUGCCCCUUUGAUGUACCCGGGUGUAGGCCAUCCAUUGGUGCCCCAAAUGCCGUUGGCUUGCGCCCCUGGCUUUAUUCCACCUCAAGGUAAAAAUUUCGAACCCACUGAUGAUGCUUGUACCAAUAUUCUGAGUUUGAUGAGCGCGAGAUUAAUAUUUGUUGACGCUUGUCAUGUAUAG